AUGCCGCGGAAACAUGGAGGUACCCAGCUUUUGCGUGACUUGGAAAUCGCGUGGCGGUAUACCCUCGGAGAGUACAAUCGGGAUACCCGUUGGGCACAGAUAUAUCUCUGCCUCAAUUGGCACUGGGAAUUCAACAACGGCGGUUGGAGCAUACUUCCAAGCCUGCGGCUACUCGAUCGCAUCUAUUCUGAGCUUAGGGAUCCGAAAAAGAGGGAGAAGCGAUCCUCGUACUUGGAAUGGCGUUCCAAGCUGCGGGAAAAUAAGCCCGUACCUCCCGAAUAUUGUUUUAUUCCGUUGAAGAUCCUCUCUGAUAAUCGUCCCGUCGUUCGACAUAACGGACGGACUGAAAGGAGGGGUGAAAUGACCCGCCUGCAAUACGACCACAUAUGGGAGCCUUACAAAGAUAUCCCCAUCGAUCUUCCUCUGCACCCCUUCCCUCUGAUCGCUCACUUCAACACUGCAUGGUCAAUGCUCACCCCGGAGGAGAAAGAGGACGUGGAGAAUCGCCUUGACCAGGAUCACAGAUUACGGGUAGAGGUCGCCCAGAAAAUAUGGAGCGCGUGGCAUCAAUGCACCCCCCCACCUGUUAACACAGGUGCGGGUCCAGGCCCAGAUGGCGGGCCCGGCGGCGGCGACGGCGGUCCCGGCGGUGGAGGACAUGAGGACGGUCCGCGCAGAUCGACCAGAAACUCCAAGAAGUCUCAAGGAAAAGGUAACAACAAGAACGGCCAAGGAAGUACCGCCAAUCGACCUCGACCCACCGGAAAAAGUCUUAACGAUUCCAUGAUGACCGCCGCAAGCCCCACAAUGGCGGACUCGUGUCUGGAUUAUAGUGCUCACGACACUGAAACUUCAGCGACCUCGAGCGUCGAGGUGCGCUCGGAUCAAAGAGAUGAUUCUUCUCUAUCCACCGUCUCGGAAACCGCAGAAAGCGAUGACGACGACUACAACCCUCUCCCUGAACUUGCGCCUCGGGUAUGGAUCGACAUCGACGGAUGGGCUGUUCAAAUCAAAGAGGGCGAAGAGUUCCUCCGCGGUAGAGGCAAACCACCCGCCCCUCCGAGGACUUCACCCAAAUGGAACGAGCAGCUCGCGCGGUACAUGGAAGAAGGGGCGCGCUCUCCCCCGCAUGAUCCUGAUUGGACGAGAUGGGAGGCUGAUACGCACUGUAAAUGGCAGACCGCUCUCCGCCCUGCGAAACGGCGGAGGACCGUAGAAUGA